AUGGGGUUCAUUUUUGGUGUAUAUUUGAGUGCUCCCUGUGCCUUUGCUAGUGAAGAUGAAUCUCCUGUUGUAAGCUACAUCAAUAGUGAGGUAUUAGGAAGGAAAAUUAUACCCUAUCUCGCCUCUGUUCAGCUUGAUGAAAACAUUCCAGAGCAGUAUCGUUCGGCAACCAAAGCGAUAGCAAAGCUGUGGGAAGAAUACCGCACACAUUUUCAAGGAUAUAGCACAGUCAAAGAUGUUCCGUUUACGUUAAUAGUACCAGACAAAAUCGAUGCAGGAGCGUUGGAUAGAAGUGAAUUUAAAACCCAAGAGUUUUUGUUUGAACAUACAGUACCUGGGGCACUAAUUGAAGUGAAAGAUCAAAACACUUAUAUCAAUUUGAAUCAACGUCCCGUUCAUAUCAACUUGUCCUGCAUUGAUAUGUUAAUGGCUUACGAAAUCAACGAAAGUGCCAAAGUACUCACGAAACGCAACAUCACCGAACAUCUUAGCCUGGUGUUUAUAGUGGGCAACCUUACAGAUUCUGGCAACCACAGCGUAUCCGCCAACACUAAGCUUAAUAAACGCAAUAUUAAGGAAAACAACAGAUACAAUGAGCCACAGCGUUUGGAGAUGAAAAAUGUAACCAAAGAGCAAGUUACCAGCAAAGAAAAUCGAAUUGGCCAAAAUUUAAUGAACUUUCUAGCCAGUAUGAAAUCGGGAACAAAAGUAUUUCAGCAUUUCUUCUCCAGUUCCAAUCUUAGCCAGCUGGCAGAUCACAGCGCUUACAUGGUGUUUAUACCAUCAGACACCGCAUUCCAGCGAUGGCAUCCAAUCGACUGGGGUUUUUAUCCCUUUAGUGUACAGGAAUUCACAGACACGGUUCUUCGGAAUCACUUAGUGCGAGUUAAACAGCCGCUACGCAUGGCAGAUCUGCGUGCGACUUCUACAGAACACAGAUUCAAAACUCUUGGCGGGGAAUACGUCGUACUUAAGAGUAAACCAUCUCCCAAUGUGAACAACGUCAGCAUCCUUUCCGAUUACACACUCUCUAAUGGCAUCGAAGUUUACAUUCUUUCAGAAGUCCUUUUCGUAUCGGAGGCAAUUGUGUCACGCCUCCAUCAGAUGCACAAAGAUAAAGAAACACCCCCUUUGUUGGCCUUUCCGUGGUUUGGGGCACAAUUUCUUUCCCAUUCGUUCUUGGCACUGGAAAGAGACACACGAUUCACGCAAAUAACUCGAUUUCUCAAUACGGCAGAUAUAGCUCAAUUCAUUUCUGGCUCUAACUAUACGUUCUUCGUACCCACGGACGAAGCCUUUGAGCGCUACAGCUUCGAUUUACUCCCGGACAACGUGCUAGCCUCGGAAAAAGGAGUAAAAAUGCUGCUAAAUCAUUUCAUUCGCGGCCGACUGUACGAUCGUGACUUAAAAGAUGACGAAGUUAUGGAAACGGUUGGAGGGAUGCCUAUAAAAAUUCAGCGAUCUUUCGAGAACGUCGUCCGCGUUAAUAGUGCCCGUAUUGUGGAAUCGGAGGUGUUUGUUUAUAACCUCGGAACUAUGUUCUACGUAGACGACGUAUUAUAUCCAAAUCUUCUAAGGGAUGAAGUCAAAAUAAUCACUAACUUUCGUAAUGUCGAUGGAAACGUUCCAGAUACUGUCGCAGGUAUUGACGGUUUCACAACCGACCAAAUUCCCGUUGGAACUGAUCGGCCACUGUCCUCCACUUUUCGAGCUUUAAUUGGGCUUCUCACUACCAGUGCCGAUGUUGAGUUUAUACCAGCGGAGGUUACCGAGCGAGCUAAAUUAAGUAAUGGCGAACAAUUAAAGCUAAAUUACGAAGAAAUCAUAACUCCCAAGGCUCUUCCUCUGAACUAUUUUUUUAAUCCCAAAAAAUAGAAUUUUCUUAUUUAGCAACUAAUUCACAUUUAUUAUUUUGAUUCUCCAUUAGAAUAAAGUUUUCGAAAAUGAUUUUAACUAUUUUGUUUAAAUAAAAUCUAGAAAGCCUCUAAAACAGUUAUGAAGACUACAAAUGUUGUUAUCAAACCCGUCUGCAUUUAAACAUGCAUCAUAGACCUUGAAUCCCAAUAAUGAGCUAAACAGAACAAAAAUGUAAAACAACUAUAUGAUUGCCAUCCAACCUAGCAACUAAGCCCAGGAAUCUCAUUAAGUUAAGUUAAGCAUAGCCGUUUAGUUAUUCAUUUUCGAUUUGGUAUACAUUAAAAAAAAAAAUGGUUAUAGAUAUUGUUCAAAAUCGGUAGUGUUUGAAUACAUCGGAUAACCAAGAAAACAAAUAAAUUUAAAAGCAAUUUGAUCACAAUGCAAACAUACACAGAA